AUGUCAGAGCUAUCUUCGUUUCAAAAGAAAAGAUUAGAGAAUAUCAAGAGGAACAAUGAUUUACUCAAGAAGUUGAACCUCAGUGGAGCCGCUAAUCAAGUGAAGAAAGAAUCAGGAUUAGAUGAACAUAGGCCUCAAAAGAAGAAGAAGAAGACUGCAGGAGAUACUAAUGGUAAGAAGAGUGAAUCGCCAAGGGCUGAAAAGAUUCCUACGCGUAGAUCCAGAAGAAUUAGAGGUGAGAACGCUGAAGGAAAAGGGGUCCCUAAUGUGAAUGACAAUGAAUUGUUGAAGAUGGGGUCCCCAGACAAGGAGCUUGUGGAUGAGGUUAAGGACACUAGAAUUAUUGGUGAUAUCAAACUGAGUGAUUUGAUUAAAGAUGAAGAGGAAUCCUCAUUGCUGGAUAAAUAUGCAAGGGUCAAUUUCUCGAGUGGUGAUUUCUUUCAAGAGAUUAAAAAGCACCAGAAGGUGGAUAGUGAUCUACAGAGAGAAUUCGAUUUACAACCAUACGAUGUAUUUGAACCCAACGAUAUCAAGUUGGUCUACGAACGUAUAUCUGCAAUGUGUUUCCACCCUUCGCUAGACCAAAAAUUGAUUAUUGCAGGUGACACUACUGGUAAUCUUGGUCUAUGGAACGUCAAAGAGGGAACACCGGAUGAAGAUGAGGAACCCGAUAUUACAAGAGUUCAGCUAUUCUCUAAGAACGUUGGUAGACUGGAUUGUUUCCCUAGCGAUACUUCCAAACUGUUGGCGGCAUCUUAUGAUGGAUUCAUACGAAGCAUUGAUCUAAACACUAUGCAAUCCACACAAAUCACCAACUUAACCAAUGAAUACGAUGAUCCUCUCGGGGUAUCGGAUUGCAAAUUUAGCUACGAUGAUCUGAACCUCUUACAUUUAACCACCCUUAGUGGUGAAUUUACCUCAUUGGACCUCAGAGAACCAUCCAAAAAUUUUAACUUCAAAAGACUUUCAGAUAAAAAAAUUGGAUCAAUGGAUGUUGAUCCUAAAAGACCUUACCAAAUCGCUACAGGCUCAUUAGAUCGAACCUUGAAAAUUUGGGAUUUGAGAACUACCGUUGAUAACCCAGAUUGGAUUUCAUAUGAGGAUUUUCCUUCGUUAGGAUUGGUAUCUACUUAUGAUUCCAGGUUAAGCGUAUCAGCAGUCUCAUUUUCACCAACAGACGACACACUAGUGUGUAAUGGUUAUGACGAUACUAUUAGGCUGUUUGAUAUGAAUAACAACGGUUCCCAACUAGCAAGCGAAUUACAGCCACGGCUCACCAUAAAGCAUAACUGUCAAAGUGGUAGAUGGACCAGUAUCUUAAAGGCAAAGUUCAAACCCAAUAGAGACGUUUUCGCAAUAGCGAACAUGAAAAGAGCAAUCGAUAUUUACGAUUCACAAGGUCAGCAGUUGGCUCAUUUGAGGACCGCAACUGUGCCAGCAGUUCUUGCGUGGCACCCCUUAAGCAAUUGCAUUGUGGGAGGUAAUUCAAGCGGUAAAGCGUUUUUAUUUACAAAUCAAGAGAAGCAAGAUUAA